AUGAGCGCGAUAGGUCCCACACUUCCACCCCAUCUACAACACCUUUAUCAACGCGCCGAAGAGCCCAAUAAUCCGGAUGAAGACGAAUCUGAAGAUGACUAUACCCCUGCGCUACCGCCUGACAUGAUUCCUUCCACUUCGUCGAAACCUGCUGCUUCACCUGUCUCCUCAUCUGCGACCUCCAAGCCCUACUCAAGACCAUCACUUGCUGUAUCAUAUAAUUUGGACUCUGAUGAUGAUGAUGAUGAUGAUGACAUUGGACCAAGACCACUACCUUCUAAUGCGGUUUUGCCAACUGUUGACCCUGUAGCAGAGUUCAUUGCAAAGGAAGAACGGAGAAAGGAACGGAUUAGAGAAGAAGAAGAAGAAAAGAAAAAAGGACCAAAGCGAGAAGAAUGGAUGUUGGUCCCGCCCAGUAAAGGGGACCUACUAGCAAACCUUGAUCCUUCGAAACUUACAAGACCGCGGCAAUUCGCUCGUACAACGCCUGCCUCCGCUUCCAACAGCAAAUCUUCCGGAGUAGGUAACUUAUGGACCGAAACACCUGCUGAGCGCCAACAACGUCUUACCGACGAAGUCAUGGGCAAGAAGCGGCCAGCGACAAGGGUUGCGGCAGAGGAAGAAAGUUUAGAGAGCAAGAGACGAAGAUUGGCAGAGGAAGAUGUGCGGAAAGGAGUACAAGAGCAUACACGGAAAAUGAGAGGCGCUGCGUUGAUUGAAUCGCAUAUUGAGAAAGAGUCGGACGAAAGGAGAGCAAAAGGAGAAAAAUUUGGCGCAGAAGACGAAAAGGACCUGGGGAUUUGGGAUCAUGGUCGUGAUAUGGCGGUGUCGGGGCGGAUAAUGGAUGAUUCAAAGCGGAAUAAGAUGAUUAGAGAUGCCAAGAGCUUGGGUGAUCGUUUUGGUAGUGGGAAUAGCGGCGGGUUUUUGUGA